GACGCUGUGACGCGCCUUCUGAGCAGUCCUGGGAUAGCGAUGGAGACGCCCAGAGCGUCUCCCCGGGCCCUGCUGCUUUCCACCGCGUCCGGGCCCGGGAGAAAGCGGGCGGCUGGGGAGGCCGGGGGUGUGACGAGGAAGCAAAAGGUCUUGGACGAGGAAGAGUACAUCGAGGGCCUCCAGACAGUCAUCCAGAGGGACUUCUUUCCUGACGUGGAGAAGCUGCAGGCACAGAAGGAAUAUCUGGAGGCCGAGGAGAAUGGAGACCUGGAACGGAUGCGCCAGAUUGCCAUCAAGUUUGGCUCUGCUCUGGGCAAGAUGUCCCGAGAGCCCCCGCCGCCCUAUGUGACUCCAGCCACGUUUGAAACCCCUGAGGUGCACACAGGGACUGGAGUGGUGGGCCAGAAGCCCCAGGGCCGAGGCCAGGGCCUGGAGGAUGGUGAUGGAGAGGCUGGAGAGGAGGAGGAGAAGGAGCCCCUGCCCAGCCUGGAUGUCUUCCUGAGCCGGUACACAAGCGAGGACAACGCCUCCUUCCAGGAGAUCAUGGAGGUGGCCAAGGAGAAGAGCCGGGCACGCCAUGCCUGGCUCUACCAGGCCGAGGAGGAGUUUGAGAAGAGGCAGAAAGAUAAUCUUGCCCUCCCGUCGGCAGAGCACCAAGCCAUUGAGAGCAGCCAGGCCGGCGUAGAGACCUGGAAAUACAAGGCCAAGAAUUCCCUCAUGUACUACCCAGAGGGCGUCCCUGAUGAGGAGCAGCUGUUUAAGAAGCCCCGGCAGGUGGUGCACAAGAAUACUCGCUUCCUCAGGGACCCCUUCAGCCAGGCCCUGAGCCAGGCCCUGAGCAGGUCUCAGCUGCAGCAGGCUGCUGCCCUCAAUGCCCAGCACAAACAGGGCAAGGUGGGCCCCGAUGGCAAGGAGCUGAUCCCCCAGGAAUCCCCUCGAGUGGGCGGAUUUGGAUUUGUUGCCACCCCUUCUCCUGCCCCUGGUGUGAACGAGUCUCCGUUGAUGACCUGGGGAGAGGUUGAGAACACACCAGUGAGAGUUGAAGGAUCAGAAACCCCCUACGUGGACAGGACACCAGGGCCAGCCUUCAAGAUCUUAGAGCCGGGCCGCAGGGAGCGGCUGGGGCUGAAGAUGGCCAACGAGGCUGCUGCCAAGAACCGGGCCAAGAAGCAGGAGGCCUUGCGGAGAGUGACGGAGAACCUGGCCAGCCUCACCCCCAAAGGCCUGAGCCCCGCCAUGUCCCCAGCCCUGCAGCGCCUUGUGAGCAGAACAGCCAGCAAGUACACAGACCGGGCCCUGCGGGCCAGCUACACACCGUCCCCAGCACGCUCAGCCCACCUCAAGACCCCGGCCGGCGGGCCCCAGACCCCGACGAGCACACCAGCUCCUGGCUCGGCCACACGCACCCCCCUCAGCCAGGACCCGGCCUCCAUCACAGACAACCUGCUGCAGCUCCCUGCCCGGCGCAAAGCCUCAGACUUCUUCUAGGGCCAGGCCCGGGCUGGGCUCACGGGAUAUUUGUGGAGCCUGCAGGGCAGCUGUCCAUUCAGCAGAGGACUCCGGCCUUUUGGGGACCCAGGCCCGGGCCAAAAGCAGUGACUGUCCCAGGAGCCACAGAAGAAAGGUGCCAUGUCACAGCCAGGCUGGCACAGGACCCACCCCAUGGCCCUUGGAUGCAUCCCAGGGCUUUGCUGGUACUUUUUUCUAUGGAACCCCUGCCCAUUUCUAUUUAACAGGAAUUAAAGAACACAUAGCACAGUC